AACGCGGAGGCCAUUAACAGUACAGUUGGACUUCAGAGGGGAAGGGGGCGUGCCACGCAGCAUUCAGGAACCUCAACCAUAUUUCAUCGGAAUGGCUAAAUAACAUUUUUUUCGAUUUAGUUUUUAAAAAGUUAUUCCGUUUAUUCACCAGCAACAUUUAAAGUGUUUGUCUUUCCAAUGAAUUGCACAAGGGUCCUCCACAUGUUGAACCCCAGGCCAAUGCCAGGUCCCAUAAUGCCAGUAGAUGUAGCCAUGAGGAUCUGCCUGGCAAGCUCUCCACCCCUCCGCAGCUUCCUCAGCACGUACGAGGACUGCCGAUCGCGAAACCUGGUCAACCGUUACAAACCACUGAGGCCAUGCAUCAGCUCCAAGCAGCAGCUAGAGGACUCCAGCCUGGGAUGGAAGAGCGCCAGGGCCAAGGGGAAGAAGCAGGUGGUCUUUGCCGAUUCAAAAGGCAUGUCCCUAACGGCCAUCCACGUGUUCAAGGAGUUUGAGGAGGACCCACUGUCUGACCUGCAAUUUGACCUGUCUGACCUGGCCAAUGCCACCGCUGGCCUCAAGGUCUCCGUGGAGAAAAGUUUUACUCUGGAUUUCCCACAGCCCGCUGCAGAUUAUCUGGACUUUAGGAACCGGCUCAAGAAGAACCAAGUAUGUCUGGAAAACUGCAUACUCCAGGAACGGUCGCUCACCGGCACUGUGAAAGUCAGGAACGUAAGCUUUGAGAAAUCGGUCUCCAUCCGGCUAACGUUUGACUCGUGGAAAACCCACACGGACAUUGCUAGUACGUACCUAAACAAUGUGUACGGUUGUUUGGACACUGACACCUUCGCGUUCACUGUCGACCUGCCAAGUUCUGUGCCCUCACAGGAGCGUGUGGAGUUCUGCAUAUGCUUCACCACCCAGGAUCAGACGUACUGGGACAACAACGAUGAGAAGAACUACAAGUUGCUCCACAACGACACGGAUGCAAACCAGACCAGCAACCCCAUCAUCCAGACCACCGCACCAGUGGAGUUCAAGAGCGACGGCAAGAGGCCGGAGAUGGAGUUUGACCAGUUUGGGAGCCCGAGAACGUCCAGUGGAUUCUUCCCUGAAUGGCAGAGCUGGGGACACAUAGAGAAUACAACCCCAUACUGGUGAAGCAACAACGAGGCUUUUAUGAGAAAUCCACAAGCCUCUCCAACAGAAUCAACUCCUAAUUGCUUGAUGUAAGAGGAGUGACAACAGAAAAUGUAAUAGUAUGUACACAUGAGUGCUGGCUGACCCCCCCCCCCCCAACAGUGAAGAUAUAACCACAAUCUGAACAGUUAAGAUGUUCAAGUCAACAGUUGAGGUCAUUGUGGGGCUUUAGAGUGGGCAUGUUUGUUUUGUCACAAUGGAAAGGUUCAGAAUGGGUUUCUUUCUCUUCAUGUUUGGGGGUAUAUGUGAAGGUAUAGAAAUCUACAAACAACAGUUUGAGCCUGUAAGCAUAUUAUCAUCCAGUUAACCCCCUAAUCACUGUGACCAGUACUCAACAUAAAGCGUUGUGGUAAAAUGCCGCCAUAGCCACAAAAAUAUAGCUAGAAUUAACGAUAAAAUAGCAAAGUGCAUUUUAAGGUUGAAAUAUCUAGAAAUUGGUUUAGACUUUAAAAGUGUACACAAGUUUUGUAGUGAAUUUAAAAAAUGUGGUAAAUCAUGAGUUGUUGUAACAUAGAUGCCUUCCUUUAUAAUGUUAAUUUGAUUGUCCAUUAAGCUGUUUGUAAUCUCGGCCACCAGCCCGCUCACUCUGUCGAGACUACUCUAUGCGCCAGCAAUCCGAGCCUGGGGGUGAGGUUAAGCUGUUGGUAAUACAAUGGCAUUACUUCACCACCUGUAUACACAGCGAGUAGGGACUGGAUUCAAUCCGUAUCGCGAAAGAUCUGUUAAAAUUUCAAGGUAAUUUCCGAUUGAGCCGACAUAUGCAACGUUUACCGUAAAUGCAGUCUCCACGAACAUAGGAACAUUACCUUUUUAAAUUUAAUUUGCGCUAUAACUCAGAUCUGUCGCAAUACUCCAGCUCUACGGAUUUAAUCCAGCUCUAAGGCUUUUUCAAAAAGAGAAAGAUAACUCCAGAUUUGGGAGCCUGCACUUAGCAUUUUGUACAUGGAGAUCUGUUUUGGUGAGUUUUAUAUCAACAGAAUUAGCUUUACUUGCCCUGUAAGAGAUGGAACUAUUCCUUGCCGUUAGACAUAAAGGUAAGCCAUCAAAAUGUCAGUUUAACGUAAGUCGCCCGAAUGUUGACGGACAUGGUUGACAGUUCCAGGGCAGUCUUUGCACUGACCGAAAUGCAGUAUGCCUUUUAAAUGUGAGAAUGUGAAAGAAUGAGACGUUGAAAGUGGAAUAAUUUGGUACAGCAUGACAAACUUCAUAUUGAAGUUGCUUCAGUGUUUCAUGGCACCGUUUGAGUGAAGACUUUCAGGUAAACAAAAAAAAGCAAUACAGGUAAAUAUGCAUGACUAUACCCCAGCAUAUUAUCAAUUAGGUGUAGGCCUAAAUGGAGCACCUACCUUUGUUUUGCACAAAGCAUUUCAUACAUACGUCCAUUGUAUUUUUGAAAAGCCUUUACAUGCAAACACAUUUUAUAUGCUCUUCCUAACCUCUUAAUGUUUGCUGCUACUGUAUGUAAGUGCUUUUCUAUCUUCAAUGUGUUUCAUAAACCCGUGGUAUGUGAAUGCUCCUAUGGGAAAUAGGGGAAAGAGAUUAAGGAGAGUGGGGAUGUUAUUUAAGGAAUGUACGACUAAGUAAGGGAAGUGUUUAAAAGGGAAAUGAAUGGAAAAGAGGUCAGUGUUAGAGGGCUAUGCCUUGGGACUGAGGCUUCAGAGUUUACCAGGAAGUGGUGAACAUUGUCAGCUGCUUUGUUUGUUCAAGUGUAAAUAAGCAUGAGGCAGAAUGCAAAGGGCUAUGACACGAGCCAUGGUGUCUAACCGCCAGCAUCUUUUUCUACUGCAAGGAAGGGUCUCUGUGUGUGAAAUGGUUUACUGUUUUCUCUGUUCCUUUCAGAAAUAAAAUCUAAUGUUUAUAGUG